AUCAGUUUGCUUUGCUGAUUACAGUACUGCAGAGAGCAUGGAAGAAAACAAAGUGAUGGCUUCUUCUUCUCCAUUUGAACUGCACCUGGUGCACUUGGAUCUCAAGGGAGCUCCACCAAAAGUCUCAUACUUGGCAGAGAUCUUCCCGUUGUUCCAUGACCUGGGUGCAAAUGGCAUUCUCCUUGAAUAUGAGGAUAUGUUCCCUUACGAUGGGGAGCUGAAGCCCCUCCGAGCAAACGAUGCAUACAGUCCCUCUGAAAUUAAAGAGAUUUUAAAGCUGGCAAAGUUGCAUGAGUUAGAGGUUAUACCUCUGAUACAGACCUUUGGACAUAUGGAGUUUGUCUUGAAGCACAAAGAAUUCUGUCACCUACGGGAAGUGGCAAUGUUCCCCAACACUGUGAACCCCCAUAGAGAAGAAUCCCUGAAACUGGUCAGCACAAUGAUAGAGCAAGUGGUAGCUGUGCAUGGUGAUCUUCGGUGGUUUCACAUUGGCUGUGAUGAGGUGUAUUACCUCGGUGAAGGGGAGGAGUCCAAGCAGUGGCUGCAGCAAGGAGAAAAUACCAUUGAAAAGCUGUGCCUGGCCCACAUGAAAGCAGUGGCCAGCCACGUGGUCUCUGCUCACCCCUCAGUAAAACCUGUAGUGUGGGAUGACAUGCUGAGGGGAAUGAGUGAAGAAACACUGCGAGGUUCUGGAAUUGCACAGCUUGCAGAGUUGAUGAUCUGGGAUUACUCUUCUGAUCUUGAUGUAGACAGCAAAGCCAUUCUCAUAGAAAAGUACCAGAAGUGUAACUUCUCAAAGCUCUGGCUUGCUAGUGCUUUUAAAGGAGCCACUGGAGUAAACCAAUGUUUGACACUCGUUGGACACCACCUUAAAAACCACCAGCAGUGGCUGAAAGUGGCUGAGAGCACUCCUUCUGGUAUCAUCCGAGGGAUCACCUUAACAGGCUGGCAAAGGUAUGACCACUUCUCUGUUCUGUGCGAGCUUCUGCCUGUAGGAAUCCCAUCAUUAGCCGUAUGUCUUCAGACGCUAAAGAACGGUGGCUAUUCAGAAAAGGUGAAAGAAGAUGUUGAAAAAUAUCUCGGGAUCACGAAUUUGGAAAUAGACACUUUCAUGAGUGACAUCUCAGGGACUUUCCCAGGAAGUGAAAUUCUUUCACUCGUCACUCAAAUUGUAUUCUACCUCAAACCCUCAGUGGAUGAACUUCUGGAAAACAACAGGUAUGUCACAGGCUGGUUCAGCCCUUACCACAGAAAAAGAAAGAAGAUCCAUCCUAUAAUGAUUCAUCAUUUUCAGCCAGAUGCACUAAGGCUUCUGACCAAGUGGACUACUGUGACCCAGGAGCUACAAACAGCCAUGGAAAAGAUCUUCUAUAUGACUGCUGUAGAAGAAUGGAUGGAGGAGAAUGUCCAACCUAGCCUGGAAAGACUUCAAACAACAGUAGAUGAUCUGGACAGAGCAAUACAGGCACUGUCAUAGCACUCUUACAAGUGGCUUUGCUUAUUUGAGGCUCAACGUGGUACAACUAGCAUCAAGCAGCUAGACAAGUGGAGUGUAUGUAAAUGGGAGAGAAGUUCAUCUGAUGUCAAGAGAUGAGGCUAUUGCACUAAAUGGCUUGGAAUUAUGACAUUUUGAAGAGAGAGACUCUGGUCCCUCUUCCUCUGAAAACAUACCAGCAAUCACAUUAUACACAUGUGGUUGUGCAGGUUCCACUGUGUAGAAGUGAAAACAGAUGUAAAACUUCCUCAUGGUUGUUCUUAGGAUAAAUCUCAGACCUCCCCAACUAAACACUUGUGCACAGACACUUUACCCUUUAAAUAAAUCUAAAAAGUUGCACAAUCCAGUUAGUAGCACACUUUGAAUAUCUCCAGUGUGUUAUGGAUGUUUUUAAUCUAUCUCUUGCGAUACUAGAACCGAGGGCCAUCCAGUGGAACGCAAUGGUGAGAGACUGACAGACAAAGGAGUACUUCUUCAAACACGGUAUAUAGUUAAAGGAAUUCAUUUCCACAAGUUGUGAUGUGGCUUUAAAAGUGAUUGGAUAUCAAUGGCUUCUAGUCAUGGUGGCUAUAUAUUACCUCCUCUCAAUGCCAGUUGCUGAGGAACAACAUUUGGGAGUUCUAGUCCUCAUGGCCUGCUUGUGGGCUUCCCAUAGGCAUUUGGAUGACCACUGUGGAAAACAGGAUGGUAGACUACAUAGGCCCUUGGACUGGUACAGUAGGGCUAUGUUUAUAUCCAUACAGCACUAUGUGUAUAGCCCAGUGCCUCUGCUCAACUAUCCAGGGAAAGUCCUUCUCUAUUAGAACUAAUGCUCCUAGGGCCCUCUUAGAUGCUGUCCCCCUCUAAUAUACCUUGAAAAGAAUCCUAGCUGGAGGGGUUGGUAGUAAGAAGCACUAGUACACCUGUGGGGAUAUCAUUUCUCACUUACAAAUUGACACCACAGCAGUGUCCGUACCUUAUGAAUUUUGUCUCUCUACAACUAUCUCGAAGUAUCUAUUAAGCUGCCUUGCCCUCUGUCUUCAAGAGGGGUGAGGCUUUUUGGCGGGGAGUGGGGGUGAUAAGUAGGCA